AUGCCAAUAUUCCAGGAUGAUUUGGGCGGUGGCCAAGAUACGCCGCCCACUAAGCCACCCUCACGACGUUCGACCUCGCCGGUAGAUGGGAACUUAUUGACCAGGAAGCUCUCCGAAGACAGCAUAAGGACAGAUCUGUGUGAAGGACCUCUCCGAGAAAGUUUGGAAGAAGAGUCAAACAUGCCGACUAUAGAUGUGGAAUCUAGGCCUAGGACACCUGGGUUUGGGACCUCUGAUCGUGUUGAACUCAUAGAGAGACUGAAGCGUGGAGAAAGUCCGACAUGGCUACCAAACCGGAAUCUGGAAUCACUACUCCAUGAUUACGAGCAGACUCCUCGCAAACCUUCGUCCAAUGGCUCGCAUUCCUCGCCAUUACUACCUCCGGCUGAGAUAUCUGAGAAACCAAGAUCUGCUGGGAACCAAGAAGACAGACAUCAAGCUGGUCUGCAGAUUGAGCGACCACGAUCAGCUCUACACAGUGGGGAUUUCACAGAAGCUCGGGAAACCGCCUCUGAACGAGAUUUGCUCCAACCAAACUCCACGCCUUACAGAGAUGAACAGGCGGCUUGGAUUGCUACCUCCCCUCCACGGCACUUCACUCCUUACCAACUCGAUCCACGAUUUCCACCUGCAGAUUCGAUUGAGAGGGCUAGAUCUCGAGCACCAUCCUUAUCCUCAUCAUACUCAUCGAGCUUCAUUCUGAAGCCCCCGACUAGUCCGUUGGUGCAGUCGGAAAGCAAUGAAGAGCUAGACCUGUCCUCGCAGGUGAACCCUAUUGAUAUCACAUCGAGUUUCCCAAAAAAUCCCAGGCGACAUACGUUGCAGGCACCUCAUUCAAUUCAUUCAACGCCUUCGGGACCAUCUUCACCAUUUAAUAGCAAGCCUUUACCUCAUCUACGACGAGACAAUACUUAUCCUUAUCAAGCUCACCAACCUCGCCGUUCCCUCACAUUGAACCCAAUGACACUACCAACCUCCUCUCCACAAACUCCAGCAUUUUUACAUUCGAGGAGACCGAGUAUAGACAGUUCUCCGCUUCAUGCCUCAAUGGUCGGCUCUUAUGAAGAGAGCAUUCUACGGGGACGCAUGUCAACCACACCAUCUAAGCCUUUAGACUUUGUGGCCCAGAUUGGCGUUCUAGGUCACGGCAAGUGCAAGGCAAGUCUUCGCUGUCCUGCUCAUGUCACAUUACCAUUCCCGGCCGUAUUCUACAGCUAUGAGUCUACAGUCCAUGGACGUUCUGGAAAGUCAGAAGACGGGCCUAGCCCUUAUGUUGGCCAGGUAGACUUGGAAAAUGGACUUCCAAAUUCAGACGAAGCACGAGACAAAAAGAAGCGAAGUGCGAACUUGGGACGAAUCCGGACAGAUGACCUCGACAUGGUUGAUGGCCCAAACACGAAUCAGCUCACAGAAAGAGAGAUUCGCAGAGCGGAAAAGCAAAAGCGGAGAUCAACAUCACCUCGAGCUCCACCCGGAGGCAGUUACAGAAUCCCGGAAAAGGGUCAAAUACAAAUCAUUAUCAAGAAUCCAAACAAAACGGCUGUCAAGCUCUUCCUCGUCCCGUAUAACCUAGAAGGCAUGGAGCCCGGCACAAAAACUUUCAUUCGUCAACGGAGUUAUUCGGCAGGCCCUAUCAUCGACUCUGCACUAUCCUCAACACAACAAGUACCUGCGACGAAUCCUUUGGACCGACCUACGCUACGCUAUCUUGUACAUUUGCACAUAUGUUCUCCUUCUCGCGGUCGUUUCUACUUGUACAAAAGCAUUAGAGUUGUUUUCGCAAAUCGUGUACCUGAUGGAAAGGAAAAACUCCGAAACGAAAUUUCUUUACCUGAACCGCGAUUCAGUAUAUAUAAACCAGGUCGAGAUUCUAGUCUCGGUCUCACUUUAGGCAUGGGCGCAGGAGCGAGUCUUGCUGCCGAGAAAGCGUUUCGAAGACGAAGCUCUGGCUUUGGUCUUGGCCCUUCAAAUCGGAACUUCGAUUCUAUGGAUGGUAUCACCCAGGCUCUAGAAAGAGGGUUCGGAGGCGGCUCAUCGUCGACACAUGGCCGUGACUUCAGCACAACGCCUGUUCAACCGAUCCCAUUCAGCUUGUACCGCAAGCCUGUUCGAGGUGAAUAUGAGAGUGAUCAUGCAUCCGUCCAGGAGCCAUCAAUGCCAUCAGCUGAAAACAUUGAUAUACAUCCCUCUCAAGACUCUGGGUCUUCAAUGUCUUGGAAUAGCACUAGUACGGGCAUCGGCGCUUAUGACAAGCUCACUAAAGGAGAAAGGGGUUAUGGUGGCAAUUCUUUUGCCAAUUCCCCAGAUGGCAAGCAAGUAGCUGAAGGAUUGUUGGCGCAGAGGCUUCGAGAUCUAGGAGUUGGGAUACUAAACCCACAGGAUCAAUCAGAUGGCAUUUGA